GUCGUUGUCACGCUCGUGUUGCAACUUGCACCGUCAGCGCAUCAGCUGGUGGUCUUUCGCACCUUCUACCUGUUUGACCCGUUCUGCGGCAUUCGGCUUAUAAGGCGCUCUGAACUAUAGUAGCGGUUUACUUCCGCUAACACACCUCUAACAUUAUGAACACUCACACCCAUACGCAGAGAUCGACGGAAGCUCCAAUGGACUUCCAGUUUACGUCUCGACCAAGCAGUAAUACGAAGCCAGUCUGGGCUAAUAAUGACUUGAAUACGCCCCGAAAACGUCCAUUUGAUGACCUUCAACCCACGAGCCCGGCAUUUCCUCAGCCACCUCAAACUCCUAUAUUUGGAGAAAACCGCAACGUGCCAUUCAUCUUCCAAGCUCCAGCAUUGCAGACUCCUCCAGUUCACCCAUGGGUGCCUCCUGUGAACUUCUCACCUCAGAAAGCAUUUCCUGUGCAGGAGCUGCGCGACGUGGACAUGUCCGAGCUUAGCCCUCCUAAACCCGAGGCUUCUGAGAAAGAAAACGGGAGAACGAUUGCCACAGGGGCGCUCAGAAGGGUUUUCAACUCGAGGCAGAAGGCUCGUACAAAAAACCAACACGCUGUGUCAUUACGCGAUGACCUGGGGUACGGCAGCGAGGAAGAAAUUGAUGGUGACGUAGAUCAUGUCGGGCCUGUGACACGAAACACAUCAAACCACUACACACUCAACAUGCCGGCUAACCCAGUGCCACGAGCAGACACGCCACAGGUCCUACUGGGAUAUUUACAGUUCUUUUUUAAUCUGUCGCUAGUCAUGGUGUUUCUUUAUCUCCUGGUGCAGUUCAUUCUCACAGUACAACGUGACGUUGGACACCGCAUCUCGGAAUAUUCGAUGGACAUCGUGCAAGAGAUCGGCAUGUGUGCUACACAAUACAGGCACAACCUAUGUGAAAACAACCCUGUGCCUGCCAUGAUCCAACAAUGUGCAACUUGGAAAACAUGCAUGGAUCGCGACCCAGCCAUGGUUGGCCGUGCUCGGGUAGGUGCAGAACUCAUUGCGGACGUCAUCAAUGGCUUUGUGGAGCCCAUUAGCUGGAAAACAUUGGCUUUUACGUUGACGUCACUAACUUUUUUGACGGUCUUCGUGAAUUCCUUAUUCUCUCUGUACCGCUCACGCCAAGAAGCUACUCAUUCUCCGUCAAGAUAUCCAGUUCCCCAUAUGACACAGUUUCCUCAUCAUUACCUUCCUUCUGGGCCCACACCUCGGGGUUCUGGGCAUGGAAGUGGUGACGAUAACUCCGGGGAUGCACCUCGCAGAAGACGUGGAGAAGGCGGUCAAGCGAUUAAAAUAAAAUGACUGGUUUCUUUUCUCUACCAUUAAAUAUAUGGGGCACGGAUCAUUGCAUAUAGUAUAGACCUACAUCAAGCAUUUUUGUUACUUUUCAUAAACGUUCCGAUCAAGUCUGGACCAGGGUGGAAUUAAGACGCUAUCACUGAUUUAGGCAGACGAGCUAGUAGGUUAAAUGUACUAGUGAGUUACUUACUCUUCUAGCCGUUUGAUUGAUUCUAAACGGAUGGGUU